UCUGUGCGCUUUGUUCCGCAUGUCGAGUUCUCCUCGAGACUCUCCCUCAACUUUGAACCCAUCGAGCGCAGAGUCUCCGACAAGACUUGCAUCAAGAUUGGCCGCUACAACGACAAGGCCCUCCACAAGGCGCCCAUCUCCUUCAAGUCCAAAGUGGUGUCGCGGCAGCAUGCAGAAGUCUGGUGUGAAGCAGGAACGUGGUACAUCCGCGACACCAAGUCAUCGAGCGGUACAUUUUUGAACCAUAUCCGCCUCUCACCACCGGGACAAGAGAGCAAGCCUGCUGUUCUGGUCGAUGGCGACUGUGUCCAGUUCGGUAUCGACUUCCGCGGCGGUACAGAGGAAGUCUAUCGCUGUGUCCGUACGCGUGUUGAGAUCAACCGCAUCUUUGAGCAAGUCAAUGCCAAGUUUAAUCGUGCUGCAGAAAAGACGCUCAAGUCACUGACGAGGGGUGCUUUGUCAUCGUCUGGACCGCCCUCCUCGAGCCAGUCUGCUGGUAUGGCAAAGCCACGGCUGUCGAUGGAUGAUGGUGCAAGCACAUACUCCUCUGAAUGCUGCAUCUGCCUCUUCAACAUCGCACCCAGCCAGGCCUUGUUUGUUGCACCCUGCAGCCAUGCCUACCACUUCAAGUGCAUACGGCCCUUAAUCCUACAAAACUACCCAAACUUCCUGUGCUGCGUCUGUCGCAAGUACGCUGAUCUCGAAGCCAAUGUUGAGGUCGAGUCAGAG